UGCGGGAGCGACUCGGGCCCGCGGAGGUGCCGCGUGCGGGCCGGGUCGGGCCCGCUGGGGUGACAGCGGCCUCCCCCCCGCCGCCGCCGCUGCGCUUCAUCCCUCUGUGCCGCCAUCACGGCUGCUUUGCUGGGAGGAGCACAGACGGGAUUUUUCCUGCUGGAAGCCCAUGUCAAAGCUGCUGUUGUGCUUCCUGACAUCUGAAGGUGCUUCCUUUCUGAGUUCCAGUAGCAGGGAGAAGCUUAAGACCUGGAAGAACCACAGACACCUACAGCCCCUUGCUGGGCACUGACAAUGCUGCAGCGAUGAGAUUUUAGCCCUUCCUGUGUGGCCUCCAUGGGUCCCACUCAACUCAGCACACAGGAACAUGGGAAGAGGGUGGCAAGUGUAUUUGAGAUGGAGGAGGAAGGGCUUUCACUCUUCCCUGGCUCAGAGAACCCCCCUGAGCAUGCAGAAAACCCCCCCCUGAAGAGGAAGAAGGGCCCGGCCCCGAAGAUGCUGGGGAACGAAGUCUGCAGUGUCUGCGGGGACAAAGCCUCCGGGUUCCACUACAAUGUUCUGAGCUGUGAGGGCUGCAAGGGCUUCUUCCGGCGCAGCGUCAUCAAGGGGGCUCAGUACGUCUGCAAAAACGGCGGGAAGUGCGAGAUGGACAUGUACAUGAGAAGAAAGUGCCAGGAAUGCCGCCUGCGCAAGUGCCAGGAGGCAGGAAUGCGGGAGCAGUAUGUUCUGUCUGAAGAACAGAUCCGACUGAAGAAACUGAAGAAGCAGGAAGAUGAUCAGGCCCGGACGGUUGUGGUGCGGCCAAACCCUCCGAACCCGCCGAGCCCUUCCCACAAGCUGACACCUGAACAGUUGAGCAUGAUAAAAAAGCUUGUGGCUGCUCAGCAGCAGUGCAACCAACGUUCCUUCACAGACAGGCUCAAAGUGACGCCAUGGCCCCAGGUUCCUGACCCUAAUAACCGUGAAGCGAGGCAGCAGCGUUUUGCUCACUUUACAGAGCUUGCAAUUAUCUCUGUGCAAGAGAUUGUGGACUUUGCCAAGCAACUUCCUGGCUUCCUGGAGCUCACCAGGGAAGAUCAGAUUGCUUUAUUGAAGACAUCUACCAUAGAGGUGAUGCUGUUGGAGACAUCUCGGCGCUACAACCCAGAGAUUGAGAGCAUCACCUUUCUUAAGGACUUGAGCUAUAAUCGGGAUGAUUUCGCCAAAGCAGGUCUGCAGUUUGAGUUCAUUAACCCCAUCUUUGAGUUCUCAAAGGGAAUGAAUGAGCUACAGCUCAAUGAUGCUGAAUAUGCACUUUUAAUUGCCAUCAACAUUUUUUCUGCAGACCGACCGAACGUGCAGGACCAGUCCCUGGUGGAGAGACUGCAGCACACCUAUGUGGAAGCCCUUCAUUCUUACAUCUGCAUCAACAGACCAAAUGACCGCCUGAUGUUCCCACGGAUGUUAAUGAAGCUGGUCAGCCUCCGGACACUGAGCAGUGUCCACUCUGAACAAGUGUUUGCCCUUCGGCUGCAGGACAAGAAACUCCCUCCCCUGCUCUCAGAAAUCUGGGAUGUGCAUGAGUGACUGCAUGCACCCAGGGCACUGAUAAUGCUGACAUAAUGCCAUCUCCCAGCCUUUGCUAACGAGAAGCCAGCCUCCCCUCUCCAAAGCCCUGAACUCUGGGCUAGGCAGUGCAGGGAGGGAUGAGCCCAGGGUUUCCAUGUUGUCAUGAGACUAUGGAGGAGGCAGCUGGGGUAGAACAGAUUGGGGGGGAGGCUGGUUUCCAUGUAGUGUCCAUAUACCCCAAAUGAAUAACGUGAAACAUCUGAAAACGGUAAAAAUGAAGACCUUCCCCACCUCACACACAUCUCUUUCUUCAGAGUCUUUCUCUCUCUAAGCAUGUCCUGAGGGCUUGUCCACUGAUCCUCUCCUGUCUUGAUGAUUAUGAAAAUGAAUUUGCAGGAAGUUGCCAAACCCUCUCUCUUGAGAGUAGCCCAGCUUGAAAGGCUUCUGCAGGGUCCCCAGCAUACCUGGAUCUGAGAAGCUCAGGGAAGUCAAUGUGGAUGUUCUAGGGGUUUCACUGGAUUUCCUAUAAAUAAAAUCUCUUGUACCUGCUGCCCUUUACAAUGAUUCCAAGAGAAGUAGCUGUUAUUUGAGACUUUAUCUCUAGAGCUGCCCUGUCAUUCUGGCCCUCCUUUGGGAAAAGGAUUCCUCUAAUAUGUAGCAUCCUUUGUCUAACAGGGAGGUCUUCUGGGUAGGGAGUGUUUGUACAUCAGACAGAUGUCAGGCAUAAAGUAGUGGAUUUUAAAAAAUGUAAUGCAUCACAGUUUUAUCUCCUGGUGGUUCUCAGCCAGUUCACCUUUGAUUUGCUAACAGCUGAAAAACCUUAGUUGGAAACAAAUCAAGGCAUAGAUUUUAUCUUUAGGGAUGGGAUAGAAGAAUGAUAGGUGGGGAAGGACUGGUUACCUAGGCAAGGUAGGUGUGGUGGAAGGAUCUCAGAAACUUCCAAGAAUUUGGAGAAUGGGGGGUAUGUGUUCCAAGGUGAGUGUGAAGAUGUAUCAGCCAAGGAGAGAGGAUACACUGCAUUUAGGGAAACAUGUGGGCAUUGUGUAAGCUGUUGGCUGCACGACUUUCAGAUUGUGGGCUGCAGGAAAACUGGGUGUAACCAGAUCUACUUGCAUCUUCUUCCUUUUGCCAAAGUCUUUCCAAGGAACUUGCUCAAGGUUUCAGUGGUGGUUGUGGGAUAUGGGGCUCCCUCCUGUAUGAGGAAUACCACUUGUUUUAGGAGGAUGUUUGGGUCUUGUAUCCUUUCUUCACUUUGGGCACUGUGAGAUCCAUACUGGAUUUAUGCCCCAAUUUCUUAAGUAUCCACAUCCAUAAAUAUUCUAGGAUUUACAGCAAUAUUUUGUCUGACAGAAGAGAGCUGUACUGUUGUAAAGCACGUUCCUUAUUUUCCAAGAAACAACACCUUACGGCUGAUCUCAGAGAUGUAACCUAAAGUAUCCUGGUAGCUUGGUCUCAUGAGUCUUCUCUGUCACAGGGGUCUAUGUUUGCUUGCCCGGUGAGCAUCCCAAGAGCCUAGGUUCACAUGGCUCUUUUUUUGUUUGUUUGUUUUUUAGUUUUGUUUUUUGGCUGUGUAUCUGAGCGCUAUGCCCAUGGUGAGGGUAUCGUGUCCAUUUUGCACUUGAGGUUGGUCCCCUGCCACUGGCCUUCACUCUGCACCUUUGUAAAGCACUUGUAACAAUCUGUAAAAUAAUCUGUUGUUUUUUAUAACUCAUUGCAAUUGCAAAAAUUCUUGUUUAAAUCUGUAUUUUUAACUAAUCUGUUUGAGAAAUGUUAAUGUUUAUAUAAAAGAAUAAAGCCUAAUACAGGAUUUUGACAUUC